AUGGCGCAGCAUCCAAGGCCGCUCUCGCAGGUUCUGCCUCCCCUCAUCUUGGGUACGGCUACUUUCAAUUACCAAUACAACGACGACCCUUCGCAAAUGCCCUACACCGACAUCGUUCGAAGGGCACUUCAGCACAACAUCACCGCCUUUGAUACCUCGCCGUAUUAUGGCCCCUCGGAAGUUCUGCUCGGCGAUGCGCUCCGAACAUUAACACCGCCGCCAGACCGGGGUGGGUAUUUUCUCAUUACAAAGGCUGGCCGAAUUGCGAACAACGAAUUCGAUUAUUCGCCGCCAUGGAUUCGGUACAGUGUUUGUCGCAGCCUUGAGCGCCUGAAUACACCCUACCUGGACCUUGUUUAUACCCACGAUGUGGAAUUCGUAUCUCCGACCGAGGUCUUGGAGGCUGUCAAGGAGCUGCGAAGAUUGCGAGACCAAGGUUUGGUCCGUUACGUGGGAAUUAGCGGAUAUCCUGUGGAAAUUUUGGUGUCGCUAGCCGAGAUGGUUUUGGAACAGACUGGGGAGCCCCUGGAUGCUGUCAUGUCUUACGCCAAUUACUGCAUCCAAAAUACCCAGCUUGGACGGCCCGAUAUUCUUGACCGAUUCAAGAAGGCCGGCGUUGACUGUAUACCUAAUGCCAGCAUGCUAGGAAUGGGUUUGAUAACGACCAGAGGAGCUGACAGUAGCCCUAUGGCCUCGUGGCACCCUGCGCCGCCCCGGCUACGAGAUGCUUGCCACAGCUUGGCUACGGUUGCAGCCAGGUCAGGAGAGCAUCUCGAAGAGAUUGCCAUUCGUUGGGCUCUGGAAAAUUGGGCUCACGUUGGCAGCCAAUUCGGCUCGGUUGCAUACCCGCCAGAGCUUUUAUCAGAGGCAAGGGUGGACGAAAGUGGCUCGCCUGCUCGAAUCGGUGUCAGUGUAAUGGGCGUUUCCAACGUGGAAGAACUGGAGGAGACGUGGGCCCUGUGGAAGAGUGUUGUUGGCCUUGCGAGCCGAGCGGAUGAAGACUCGGCGGAGAGGAGGGACAGGAUCAACCGUAUUGUCACGCAACAGAUGUGGCCAAGGUUGGGGCCGUGGAAGGACUACUCGUGGCAGAGUGGCGGAGAGGCCUUUACCAACAUGAGACAGGCAAAAGGUGUUGUUCCCAUCGACGCAGUCGCGCAGCGGUGGGGUUUGAUACCCAAGAAGUUUCUAGAGAACGCCAAGAUUUAG